AUGUAGUGGGGUUUUUAAUUUGUAUACUCCGUAAUUAGCAAUCGCAUUACUCAAUUCAUUCCUGAGCCGCCAUCAAUUUCAUAUACCACCAUUAGGAGCUGCCGCAACCGUUGCCUGGAGCAACCAUCCGCCGCCGGGAGAUGACGACCGUCGAUCACCACCGUACACUGCUGUGAAACUCUGGAUAAGUCUUUAAGGGCAUUAUUGAUGCAGAUCGAUGUCAGCAAAAGCUACAUACUCCUCUCGUGUCCUCCCGUGUUGCCUUCUUUUUGAAACGCCAACGACAAAGUUUUCUCUCUUCACUCGCACAACCCUACCCAGAGCUUCUCCGACCGAUUAUCUUGCUGGAGAAACUUUAACGCAGGCGUACAUCUUCAAGGAAUAUUUCCUGACCACUGCCUCCACCGAGAAGCUCAAGUUUAAGCCAGCCGAUGGUGAUGGCUCAUUUGCCUUCGUCAAUGCGAAGCUGGCUCGAGGAUUCCCCCUUCGUGUUCGGAGGUACCGCUGGAGUGAUCGUAGAGGGUAACAAAACGGCAGAGUACGGUGAUACGCCGACGUAUGUGGCCCGAUCGACAUUUACAUCGGUGAAAGCUAGCCGCAGCCAUGGCGGUGGGAGUAGCGAAUAUUUGAUUUUGGCUCUGAAUGGAUUUUUUGGGGGUUUUUUCUCUGUUUUUUUUUUCGCGUUUUCCUAUUCGAUUUGAAUCCACCUGUUUCUGGUUGCUUGAUUCCUGUGGCGAAAGGGUCAAAGAAUCAUAAGAAAUGUCAAUCACCUCGAAAUGAAAUUAGGAAAUCCGUGAAGGAAAUCGCGACACUGGUGCAGACAUCAACUGAUGCGCAAGGUAAGUCGUUGACUGAUGAAGGCGAGGGAUCAAAUGUUGCAAAAAUCGUUGACUGAAGAAGGUGAGGGAUCAAAUGUUGCAGACAAGGUGACUGAUGAAACUCCUGAACCAGUUUCCAGCAUUGCACCACAGAAAACCUGGGCAGGUCUCUUUCAUGACAAUAGAGAUACCUCCCAAGGUAUGCAACUGGAAUAUUUCCCACUCACAGGAGAUGAAGUUAUGCUUAUAGAAGAGGAAGACAUUUCCCCCCUGGUGCAGACUUGGUUUUUUCACAAGUACUUUCUCGGGAUUGAGAGCUGUUAACUCUUUGGUUGAGUCUUGGGGUGUCCCAUUUACCAUUCUGCUUCAUGAUCAUGGCUGGGUUAUUUCCAGUUCAAAAUAGAAGAAGAUAGAAACCUGGUGCUCAUGGGUCGUAUAUGACUUAUGGAAAAACUUUGAUUUUGAGAAUUCUGCCAAAAAACUUGACGUUUGAAAGUAGUGCUUUUAAGAUUGUACCCAUCUGGAUACAACUUCCGUCUAUUCCGUUGGAGUGUUGGAAUAAAAAAGCAAUUGCCAAAAUUGCUUCGAGGGUAGGGAAACCAAUCUGUUCAGACAAAGUCACGAAUGAAGGAUCCAUGCUUGGUUUUGCAAGGGUACUGGUUGAGGUUAAUAUUUCAAAGGAACCAAUUACCUCAUUCAAGACAGAUGUUGGUGCUCUUUGUGCCCCUGUAACUGAGUCUACUGGUGUCCCUUUUGCCCCUAUUGUUGAUGUUCAAGGUGUCCCUGAUAAUAAUGUUUGUGAUGUUUCUUAUGUUGAUGCCUCUGUUAGUCAUGUUGCUAAUAUUGGUGCCUCUGUGAGUGAUGCUAUUGUUGUUGAUGCCCCCUGACUACUAAUGCCCCUAGUGCAGCCUUGGUUUGUGCCCCUGUUAAUGCUGCUCCGGCAGCCCCUGUUAAACUUGCUGAUUCACAAGUUUCCCUUGUGGCUUUGGAUUCGGAGAGUGCAGUUUCCUCUGCUAUAUUGGAAGCUCAACUGAGAUAGCAGUAGCUCCCAUAAAAGAGGUUGCACCAAAGAGUUGUUGUGCCGACUUGUAUUAUUAUAGGAAGUCGGCGCGUGAUAGGUGCGGAGGGAUACAACCGGACAACCGUGUAUAGCUGCAAAGAACCUUAGACUUGGGUUCAAGGUUAUGUGUGAUUCUGUUGGAGUUUGCAAAGAUUGAAGCAAAGGUUUCAUUCUGUGCAAGUCUGCAAAAGAAGAUAUGUGAAGGCCUUAGGAAGUGUGGUGUAAAAGUUAGACUUGUUAGCGUUUUGUUCUUGUAUAUUAGUUGUUGUUUCGGGGUGUGCCCCCAUGAAUUAUGUAGUAUGUACAUUCACAUUUAUGUGAGAAAUUGAGAUAUAAAUAAAAAUCUUUGAAUUUUGGUUA